UACUACAUUGAAACAAGCGCCGCAGGCGAAAAUUCGGAAUAAAAAAUCGCGCGAUUUUUUAUUCCAAAUUUUCAUUAUAUUUUCAGUAUAAUAUAUUACAUCGAAACAAGCGCCGCAGUAUAUAAGGCCUACCAUUUUGAUUCGUUGGGUUAUUACUAUCUUCCUUUUGUGCUUAUUUUCUUCGUCGUUUGACAGUUCAUAUUCAGUAAUUUUGCUUUCAUUUCAAGGAACAAUAUAACACGUAAUUGAAAGCUGUUUUAUUUAUUAAAUUGUCAAUAUGGAUGUAGACAUGCCAGCAGCCCCGACACCAACCACUCGUUCGGCUGUCAAUGUGUCACGCCAAGCGGCUGCCCCAGUUGCGGCUGCCCCAGUUGCAGCGCCCCGAACAACCACACCAACGGCGCCUCGGAAUGGAAGGGUAGCAUUGCCGCCAACACCCGCGCUUGUCGUCGACCCACAACGCCGUAGAUGUCCCCUAUGCCGUCGACCCCACCGGCUGCCACAAUGCGUCAUCUUUAAGGGGUUACCGCCUCAACAACACCAGUUGGUCGUGCAGGCGCACGGCCAUUGUCUGAAUUGCCUGACGCCGGUCCACCAAACACACGAGUGUACGUCGGGCAAUCUGUGCCAAAUGUGUAUGCGCCCGCAUCACACUAUGUUGCACCGUACACCUCGGAAUGGCACCAGCCAACCUCCUGCCGGCCGCAACCGCGGCGCAGUACAACGACCGCCAUUAAGCCGGGAUGCACGGCCCCGUCGAACUAUAGGGCCAUCAUCAUCCCGUGCCCGGCGUCCACAUAAUGGGGCGUCCACACGACGCCAGCAACAACGACCGCGUCCGCGCCGCACCUCAGGCCUCAGCAGCGUCGUAGCCACUCUGCAGCAGCUUCAGAGGAUUCUAGGCUGAAAUAUUCGCCUAGGGGGGCCGGGAUGGCUAAAUGAGCCUUAGUCGCCUGCCCCACACCACACCUACACUCAUCUCUAACACGCACACUCACCACACUCGCCUCGACAUCACCACACUCCACAUCAACACCACCCACACGCAAGAGGAUCCACACACUCAAACACACACCACACCACUCCACAUAAAAAGGGUCAGGCUAUUCAGCAAUCAGUUCUGAUUCGACCGCCUGUGAGUCCACGCCGUUUUCCGCCACCGCCACGCAGCGCCCCAUCGCCCGAGGUUUAAGUUUGUUCGCGAAGUGAAGUUACAUACAUAUAUUAAUUGAAAAAAAUAAGGUUACACACAUACAAUAAAGUUAUACAUAUAUUAAUUGGAAAUUGUAAAAAGUUAUUCGCACACUAAGUGCAUUUUAAAAGCAACAUAUAAAAGCAGUUGUCAAAUAUACAAGUGGUGCAUCCCGAAAGUUUUCCCUUUUUUAUUUUUUCAAACAUACAACGUACACCAGUGGUAAGUGAAAAGGGCAUUGACCCCAACAUAUGAUUUCAUAUUGGGUGGCUAGACGGAACAGACUGGGACGAACAAGUGAAACCUCUUCGCUUAGAGAAGUGGUCCCGGUUUGCUAAUAAUCUAAAAGACAUCUCGCAAGAUCCCUCUAAUUUCAUAGUCCUAAAUCUAGGGCUAAGGAGUACCCAUUCUGGCCACAUCUGAGCCAGGCAUGGAGUAAGUAUCCUUUAUAAGCCGAGGCAAAUUCUAAAUAACCGGUAUACCAUACCGAUGAAAUAAGAAAUUUAAAUAACCGCUAGUAAAAUAAAUAAAAGCAAAAAUUUUUUCUAUAAUAAUAAGUCUUCAAAACACGCAAACGGAAAUUACUACCUAAAGCACCACUACUUACAUAAAAUACAAAUGUAUACUAAAACCAAAAUCGCUUCUUACAGCUUAUAUUCUGCAACCUCGGCUACUUCGCCAACAGUAAGCAAAUUACAUGUAUCACCUUACACAAAAUACUAGGCAAAUAUUCGCCUAGGGGGCCCAGGAUGUUUAAAUGAGUUAAGCAUCACCCCACUUUAACCGGAAAAACUAGCACACACUAAUACUUGACGACACCACACUCGCACACAAGACAACUCACCACACUUGCACAUCCACCCACUCAGCAUAAAGGAUGGUCUCCUAAGCAGAUUCAAAACAUUCGUGCCAGCAAUUCGUCACAUACAGUUCGCACAUCUACAUUCGUUCUUGGAACAUUCGCAUAUACGCUGCGCCGCGAUAGCACCUCACGCUCCUCUACGGGUAUCCAAUCCACCAAACCUGUGCGCGUUAAUUCGAGUCGUCCACGAUACCUCAAGUCUCCAUCAGCAGCCACCGGGCUGUAUUCGUUAUAUAUACCAUAAAUUAAUUGUUAAAUAAUUUGUUAUAAAAAAAAAAUAAAUUCUAAUAUAAUCUAUCUGAGA